AUGGAGGUCGCUCGUUCCUCCAUGAUCCAUGCGGCUGCUCCCCAUAUUCUGUGGCCGUUUGCGGUCCGGUACGCUGCGAAUCAGCUCGACCUCUGGCCCCGUGUCUCUUUGCCGGAGACCUCGCCGACACUGCGUUGGACGGGAGAGGUUGGCGAUGCUUCGGUGUUUCGGGUAGACCCACUCCCCUUGGCUGACCUUGUCGAGGUCGCUGUUGACUCUGGUGCUGCUGGGGGUGGUGUUGCUAGGGGUGCUGCUUCUGGGGGUGCUGAGCCUGAGCAUGUGGAGUGUGGGGGUGCUGAGCCUGGAGUUGCUGAGUCUGAGGGUGCGGAGCCUAGGGGUGCUGAGUCUGAGCGUGUGGAGCCUGGGGGUGCAGUUACUGAGUGUGUGGAGACUGGGGGUGCUGAGUCUGGGGGUGCUGAGCCAGGUGGUACUGUGUCUGCUGGAGGUCCUACGGUUCCCUCGUCAGGACGGGAGCUGCUCUCUCGACUUCAUCUGUGCAAGUGGUUUGCUCGGCGCACCAGCCUUCGGAGUGGCGCUGCUGGAGCUGGGGGGCCUGCCGCUGGAGACAAUGGAGCUGAAGGCACUGGAGCUGACGGAGCUAGUGGUACUGCUGCUACUGGAGGUGCUAGAUCUGCUGGUCUUGGAGUUCCUCGUGCUCGAGGUGCUGGAGCUGCUGGUCCCGGAGGUGCUCAUACUGGAGGUAUUGGAGCUGCCGGGGCUGGUGGUGUUGCUGCUGCUGAAGGUGCUGGAGGGGAUUGUACUGGGGGUACUAGAGCUGCUGGAGCUGGUGGUGCUGCAGGUACUGGAGCUGGAGACCUUGGAGCUAAAGUUGCUGGCGCUGGAGGUGCUGGAGCUGUCGGUACUGGCAUGCACGAUAUGGCACUUCUUCCUUCCUCUAGUCCACUACGAGUUUCCUUGCCUUCUCCUCCAGCGUCCUCUCAUCCUGACGUUCUGGACCUUGAGUUUGACUUGGUUCGUGCUGCCAGACCUACUGUCACACGUCUCCUAGCCGCUAUUGUCACUGACCCUUCGUUUGAGUCCACUGCUGCGUCUGCCCUUGUUGCUGAGCUUGUUCACUUUGCUGCCACCUGUCGUCUUGACUACGCCGCUAGUCUUGUUGCUGAGUCUGAGUCUGUUUGUCCUACGUCUGUCGAGGGUGAGUGUGCUCUUGACACAGGCGUCCUCAAGGAUAGACAGGAGGACUUUGAGUGUCUUGCAGCUACUGUACCUCAUCUCGUGUCCAUGCCGCUUGCACCUGAGGGAGACCGGGAUGCACCAAACAUCCGACCCCGCGCUCUUACGGUGAAGCGGCCGCCGGGUUCUCCGCCUGUCUUCAAGGCUCGUUACAUCGCAAGAGGCUUUAGUCAGCGACAUGGAGUUGAGUUUUUCCAGACCUUCUCCCCUACCCUGAAGAUGACCACUCUUCAGGUGCUGCUGCACGUUGCUGCUCAGCGUCACUACGAGCUUCACUCUCUUGACUUCAGCACUGCUUUCUUGCAGGGCAGCCUGCACGAGGAGAUCUGGCUGCGCCGUCCUUGUGGCUUCACUGGGUCGUUUCCUGAGGGUACCUAG